AUGAUGCUGCAACCAUUCGCCAAUUUUGAGGGUUGGCCGAAAGAUUCAGUGAAAAGGGAAGAGGCUUUUACGAGGGCAAAGGGUUGGAUUGAGAUUAUGAAGGCUGUAGGUACGGAUUUACUGCAGGUCGGAGCUACUGAUAGCCCACUGAGCAAAAUAUCUACUGACCGCGAGACAAUCGUUUCUGAUCUCCGUGAGCUUUCUGAAAUACUGGCAAAGCAUGGGUUUCGUAUAGCCUAUGAGAAUUGGUGCUGGUCAACCCACGCGCAAAGUUGGAAAGAAGCAUGGGAAAUUGUCUCAGCCGUCGACCGCCAGAAUUUUGGGUUGUGCCUGGACACCUUCCAAAUAUCGGGCAGUGAAUGGGCAGACCCGGCGACAAAAUCAGGUCUUAUCGAAGAAGUAUCGCAUGAUGUUCUGCUGAAGAAAUUCGCUGCUAGUAUGGAUGAGCUUGCUCGCACCGUUCCACCCGAUAGAAUCUAUCUGCUGCAGAUUUCGGAUGCAUACAAGGUUUCUCCACCGCUAAGCGACGGGGAAGUUCAAGGCCUAAAGCCCCGUGGUCGUUGGAGUCAUGAUUAUAGGCCUAUGCCGUAUGAUGGAGGUUAUCUACCGAUUGAGGAUGUGGUGAAAGCAGUGUUGAAAACCGGGUUCCGUGGAUGGUUUUCGAUGGAAAUUUUCGAUUCUGGGCCAGAAGGGAAAGGAAAAGAGUAUGACAUGAUACCUUAUGCAAAGAAAGCAAUGGAGAGUGUGCAGAAACUGUUGAUAAAUUGUGCAGAUGAGUGA